CAAGGUAGAAAUUAUUUCUUUAUUUGAAUUAUUAAUUUAUAGUUUGUAAAAACGACGAAAGGGAAAAAUAGUAAAAUAUAAAGCAUAUGCUGCUGUCAUGGCUACGCAUCGGUAAGAGAUAGUAAUCAAUUGUUCCUAUUUUUUUUUCUCGUUUUUAAUCUUUCGCUGUAUGCUACGUAAAUGUAAUAUCGAUUAAUUUUAUUUUACUAAAUAAUCGAACAAUAAGAGGAUUUGAUUAUUGCAUGGAUUAAACGCUCAAUAAAUUGUAUAGUAUUUUCGAUAAUUCUCGAAAGUUUCCACCAAUAAGAUUUAACAUUUAGAUAUUGCUCGACUUCAAAGUCGAUCAACAACAACUAUGUCAAAUAAAUGUAAUGUCAUUGAACUAACUAAGAAGUUUCUUUCAUAAUAAUAAUUAAAGUAUAUAAAUAUAUACCAAAGAUUAUGUCUCCCGUAAAUGAAAUUUUCACAAAAUAUCUAUAUAUUAUAGAAUUGUUUUCAUUCUAAUGGACCAAUAUGUAUAAGUUUUUCAACGUAUGGUUAAUCAUUACACUUAGUCUACUAAAAAUAAUAUGGAAAAAUUUAUUAGAAUUACGCAUACCAUAUUAUAAGUGGUACGAUAAGAAAAAUAGUGUAUGCAUUUUAUAUUCUAGCAAUAAUUUUUUAGUUGUUCAUAAACCUUAUGAUAUGUUUAUAAAUAGUAAUAGUCCAGAAAGGAAGAAUACGCUUCAGUUUGUUUUAAAAGAAAUGUUUCCAAAUUUGGCUAACCCAAUGUUAAGCCAUGAAUUUCAUUUUGUGCACAGAUUGGAUUAUGCUACAAGUGGCAUUAUUUGUAUAGCAUUAAAUAAGCGUGCAGCACGUGCUGCUUCUAUUGCAUUUGAAAAACAACAAGUACAAAAAUACUACUUAGCGUUGUUACAUGGUCAUGUAAAUGAUUCAUUUAUUAUAAUUGAUAAACCUAUCGGUGAUGACAUAAGAGAACUAGAUGGAAAUAAAAAAAUGUGUACAAGUAACAGCUUAUAUUGUAUAAAGCCAAGAAAAUCUCGUACUGUACUCUUAGUAUUAGAAUAUGGUUUUAGAAAAUGUAAACCUGCCACUAAAGUAUUGCUAUGUCCUAAAACUGGCAGAAGACAUCAAUUGAGAGUACAUUGUGCCUCAAUAGGUCAUACAAUAAUAGGUGAUUAUACAUAUAGUGGAAGACAAGAUGUGGAGCCCCAUAGAACAUUUCUACAUUCUUUCAGGUUAAUAUUAAAGAAUAAUGUUGAAAACUUAGAUUUAAGGACAGCAGAUCCUUUUGUAUCUGCUGAUAGAGCAAAUAAAUGGCAGCCAACAAAUAUUAUUAGAACAUUAGAUGAAAAUAUAUUUUCUGAAAUUCUUGAACUUGCACAAUAAAAAAUAUCUC